AUGUCGCCCACGACUCUGCACUCCAACGACUUGAAAAACCAACCUACGAGUAAGAAUGUCGGUGAACAUGCACAGUCAUCCCUGGCCGACUCAGUCGAGCAGCAUCCCGAACCAACGCAGGAACCCCUUGUUGGGUCCAACUCGACUUCUCAAAAGUAUAACAAGCGGAAAAAAGCAGAAGAGUCAAUUUCGAAACUACUCUCCACCCUUUUUAUUUGGGAGAUCCUGGCUAUGAUUCUGUCCUCGGCGAGUUUGAUCGGAAUCGUGGUGGUCCUAAGAUGUUACAAUCAUCAUCCGCAGCCGACCUGGAACAAUCUGUCGCUGAACACGGUGAUAUCGUGGCUGAGCACCAUCGCUAAGGGCUGUGUUCUUUUCUCCAUCAGCGAGGGCCUAGGACAAUUGAAAUGGGUCUGGUUCGCGCAAAAGAGACGCCAGCUGUCUGACCUUCGCGCUUUCGAUGCUGCCAGCCGUGGAUUGACCGGAAGCGCGGGAUUAAUAUGGAAUCUUCGAGCAAGGCACUUCGCAGUUCCAGGUAGUCUAGCAGUUAUCCUUGCUCUCGCCUUUGACCCCUUCACCCAGAACCUGAUCCAUUACUAUCCUAAGCUCGUCGCUGAUUCGUCCCAAAUCGCCCUUGUCUCAAACGGCUCCGAGUAUUCGACUGUGGGGUUAGAGUGGAUUACCGGGGGAGAUGGCUAUAUGGAACCCGGAUUGAAAUCCAGCAUAUAUAGUUCAUUAUUUGACAAUGACUCUUCCCGGCCGUGGGCCACUCCAAAAUGGUCUUGCUCAACUGGAAACUGCACCUGGGACCCAAUCGCUGCACUCGAAGUGCGCGCGAGAUGUUCCAAUAUAACCGACCAAUUGAAACUCUCAUGCAGUAAUAUCACGAAGGACGAUCCUAACGAGGAUCCCUACAGUGUUUUCAUCGGCAAGAAUAACUGCACAUAUUCUAUUCUCGGGACGAGUCUUACCGCGAGCUUUGUUCCUGAUUAUGGUUAUGCCGUUGCGGCCGCUACCGGGUCAUCCAAUGAUACCCUUCUUGGUAUUCAACUUCUUACAACCGAAGAUAUGCUAAAUGGGAGCCCCACCAUGCAGACUCACUGGCGCGCAAUGCAAUGUGCUCUCGUUCCAACUGUCCACAGCUUUCGCCCAACUGUCUCUAGAGGGGUCUAUCGCGAAGAAACACUCGGCACCUGGAGCAACCGAUCAUUGGAUGGCGAUGAUGCUACGUCAUACGUCCUUCGCCCUCAUUGGGGUCUUGAUAUGGGCAUGGCGCCGAACAAAAACUUUUCGAUCAGCGAAGACUCGCUAGUCAUGAUGAAAACCUUCGCCAGGCAAUUUUUCAGCGGCUAUGUACAGAAUUAUCCCCGAAAAGGAUUUAUAUUUGUUGGUGUGGACAAUUCUCAAUACGCCUCAACAGACCUCAUUCAGGCUAUCUCAUACUUUAACAUUACCGCUUGUCCAACAACGGUGAAAGGCUGGGAAAAGCUUCGCUGUGCAGCAGAGAAUAUGGCUGCGGGAAUGACAAAAACAUUUCGAGACAACACAGAUGGAAAAAGCUCUGCGGUUGGCCUGGCCAUGAUCAGUACGACGUACGUGUCUGUACACUGGCAGUGGAUAGCUCUCCCAGUUAUAAUAUGGCUUUUGGGCUUAAUAACGUUAGCCGGUACCAUUUGGAAAACCUACAGGGCUGAGGUUCCUACAUGGAAGAAUGAUGCGAUGCCAUUACUGUUUCUGUACGAGAAUAGCCAGGAUGAGAAGCCACGGCCUGGAGAGGAGCUUCCUAAUGACCGGAAGGGGAGAUUAUAUGAAAGCGGGGACAGGAUGAUACUGAGUGAAUGA